AUGUGGAGCUCAUCAGGUAGAAUCAAGAUGAGGUGGCUUCUUAGAAGGUACGACUAUUAUUGGAAAGAUGGCCAUACUCAUAUUGUGGUGGCAACAGAUCAUUUCACGAAGUGGGUGGAGGCCAUUCCAUUAAAUACCUGUGAACAGUCAACAGUGAUUGAUUUUAUUAAGAAGCACAUUACACAUAGGUUUGGAAUUCCAGAGACUAUCACCAUUGAUAGAGGUCUUUCCUUUGUUGGAAACAAAGUUCUUGAUUAUUGUGCUGAGUGUGGCGUCCAAACAGAAGCUUCCAACAAAGUAAUUCUUAACAUCCUUGAAAAGAUGAUUGAGAAUCAUCCAAAGAAGUUGCAUCACCUACUUUCUGAGGCUCUUUGGGCUUACAGAAAUUCAAAAAGAUCAAAUACUGGCAUCACACCAUAUAUGCUUACAUAUGGACAUGAUGCUGUUCUUCCAGUGGAAAUAACCAUAAAGUCUACAAGGGUGGCUUUCCAAAACAAGCUUACUCUAACAGAUUACAACCAUAUCAUGUUGGUGGAAUUAGAGACCUUGAUGAAGUCCGUCUUAAUACCUUAG